AUGACCAAGUGCCCCUCAGAAGAAGUCGCGGACAUCGACGAGGAGGAGAUCUGGCGGAUCGACGAGCUGGACUUCGGCGUCACCUUCCACACCGUCGCCCAAAUCAUUGCCUUCGUCUUCAGCGCCAUCGCCAUCAUCAUCAGUCUCGUCCUCAUCUUCCAACAUGCCACCCACUACUCGCGCCCCCUCGAGCAAAAACAAAUAAUCCGCAUUCUCUUGAUGAUUCCCAUAUAUGCGGCCGUUUCCAUGCUGUCGAUCCACUAUUACCACCACCACACGUACUUCGAGGUCCUCCGCGACUGCUACGAGGCAUUCGCCAUUUCCAGUUUCUUCACCCUAAUGUGCCAUUACAUUGCGCCGUCCUUGCAUGAACAAAAGGAAUACUUCAGGGCCAUUGAAACCAAGAACUGGGUUUGGCCCGUCACCUGGGGUCAGAAAUGCUCUGGAGGAGAAACCAACGGGUGGCUGCGCAAGCCGCGGAGUGGUUUGACCUGGUUCAAUAUCGUCUGGGUUUCCGUUUUCCAGUACUGCUUCAUCCGCGUCCUCUUCACCGUGGUCUCGGUUCUCGCGGAGAAGUAUGGCGUGCUAUGCGAGGACUCGCUCUCCCCGGAGUUUGCCCACUUUUGGUCCAUGUUCUUCGAAUCGGUGGCAGUCACGAUUGCCAUGUACUGCUUGAUCCAGUUUUACAUCCAGUUGAAGCAGGACCUCGCGCCGCAGAGACCUUUCCUCAAGGUGCUGUGCAUCAAGCUGGUUAUUUUCUUCUGCUUUUGGCAGAGUACCGCAAUCAGCUUUGCCACGAGUGAAGGAUGGCUCAAGGAAUCGGACUGGCUCGCAUACGCAGACAUCAAAGUUGGCCUCCCAAACUUGCUCAUCUGCUUCGAAAUGGCUUUCUUUGCCAUCAUGCACAUUUUUGCAUUUUCUUGGAAGCCGUACAUUAUCAAGAAAGGCGAUCCAUUCGCGGACCCGCUCGAGAGCGGCAUAGGAAAGAAGCCGAAGAGGUACAAGGGCGGAUUCUUGGGCAUCUUGGCAAUUGUGGACGCGUUCAACCCUUGGGAUAUUGUCAAGGCUUUCGCACGUGGUCUUCGCUGGCUCUUUGUCGGCGUCCGCAACCGCACCAAGGACGUUUCCUAUCAGACACGGAUCGACGGCGCUGGUAGCCCUAACUCCGUGGAAAUGGCCACCCAAAGCCCGCCGUACGGCCGCGCCCGUGCAAACAGCCGUUUCGAUACCAUGGACGAAUUUGACCGGAGGUCCAGCUCGGAUAUCCACUCGGAACAAGAAAGCCCGUUCGAGCACCCGGAUGAGAGGAGGGGAAGGGUAGCGCAGGGCUACAUGGCGGCGAGAGACAGGGCCGACAGCGAGACAGCGUACCCCCGAGCAACCGAGCAAGAGGCAGCAACGACAAGGAUCGGAAGGGGAAGAAGCCCGACAGAGGCAGGGUACAUCAAGCCAAUGGACGACCCGGCUGACGACGCGCACCUGCUGUCGAACCAACAGCCACACCCGGCGCGCUUUGUUUGA